ACACCAUGAGUGUUGUUUUUUUAGCUUACAGAGAGCACGAAUAUGCAAGCUAUGUGCCACAUUUAUGCAGCAAUCUCAUUUAUCUGCAUUGACAAUGCCGAGUCCUUUUCAAAGGCUCUUGAACUUAUUGGACCAGUUAUGGGAAUAAUCGAUUCUUUUGUUGGAGUACGAGAGAAAACCAGUGUCUUCCUCGCACAUGGGUUUCUGUUGAUGAGGCAGCAAAGUGCACAAGAAGCAAGAGUUAAACUAGCUGCUGGUCUGCAGAUAGCACAUAAUUCAUUGGGGAAUCUUCAACUCGUUUCACAAUACUUAAGUGUGUUAGGGAAUUUAGCUCUUUCAGUUCAUGAUACUGGACAAGCUAGGGAGAUCCUGAGAUCGUCAUUAACCCUGGCAAAGAAGCUAUAUGAUCUUCCUACUCAAGUUUCUGUACUAUCCAAUUUGACUGCUCUAUACAAGCAGUUGGGUGAGGAAGGGAAUGAAAGUGAGAAUCGCGAAUACCAAACAAAGAAAUUAGAGGAGCUACAAAAGCGACUCAGACAUGCUUGUUCAUCUAAUCACCAUAAGGAACUGAUUGCGAAGGUGAAAACCGAAGUUCCUGAGUGGAGUAAUUGCAAUACAAGAAGAACAACAUCCAACCCCACUACAGGAGUUUAUUUGGACAUUCCGGAAUCCAUCGGCCUAUCAACUGCUUCUCCCAUCCCCAAUUCGUCUUCAUCAAGAUUAAUGGAGGUUGAUCUCGGGAGGAGGCUCAGAAAGAGAAACAUGUAGCUAUAGCUUCCUUCCCACGUCCAAACUGGUUUGGUCAUGCUUUCAUUUUAUUUAUAGUAGUAGGAUAUAUGUCU